AGUUCAUUUUGCAGCCAUCUGAGUUGGAAGCUACCAGAGAUUUGAUCGAAAAGAUGAUUUACGAUGUCAACUCCGUUCUCUUCAAAUCCUUCCUGAGCUCGAAGUUCUCUACCGACAAAAGGAGAGGCGAGGACAAGCCAAGAGAUCAGAAGCCCAAAGCCAGCGACAACAAACCUGUGAUGAAUGAAUAAGAUUUAUCCUAUGUUGUUAUGUAACGUUUCUAUGUUCUGAAAACAUUUUCAGUUUCAAUGGUUCAUCUUUAAUUAUUUAGCUUUU